CUGGCUUCAUAGUAGGGAGGGCCGGUCCUCGUUGCACUGUGUAGUACGGGGCUGGGUGGUUGCCGGAGGGGUGAAUGAAGCGAGGAGGAGGCGGAGGAGGAGGCGGCGGCGGCGCUGGGACUGGGAUGUGCCCGGCAGCGGCAGCAGAAACAGCAGCAAGCAGCAGCAGCUCCUCUUCCACUAUGCUUCUACAUUCAGGGCCCAGGUCGGCUGCAGACUCCUCCGGGCACUUCAGCCGGGAGUCAUUGAUUUUUGGAUCAACAGCCACAACAACAAUUUAAGCUCUGAGAUUCUUCAGCCUCCUUGAUAAGAGAUCGAACACCACAGUAUAUAUCUUCAUCUUUGAAAGGUGCUAUGUAAAUAAGCAGAAAAUCAUUACACCCUGGUUGGAUGUUUCAAGACUCAGUGGAUUUUUACAUCAAAGAAAAGUAGAAGACCUGUGCAUUUAUUAACAUCCUUGAACACAAUGAACAAGUUUUAAUGCACAGACUUCAGGGGAAAGUGCUGCAGCACCUGGCCAAAGGAGGUUGCACCUAGGAACACUCCUGCCGUUUGAAAGAGCACCACUGAGGGCCUGUGAACAAUCCAGCAAUGUCUGCAAAUUCUUCAAGGUGAAGGAUAAUCUGGGACUCCCGACUGACGACAGUGGAUGUUAGCAGCUUGUUGGCGGAGUGUGCUCACAGGGAGAUGAUUCCUCAUGAAGUCUCUGGAUCCCCUUCAGAAAUCAAAUGUGACUUUCCACUUAGCAGACUGAAAUCGGAGCCAGCCAGGCAGUGAAGCCACAGAAGCGGAGGGCAGGGGCCGGUGAAAAAUGAAAUCCAACCAGGAGAGGAGCAACGAAAGCCUGCCGCCCAAGAAGCGAGAGAUCCCUGCCACCAGCCUGCCUUCCGAGGUGAAGCCGUUAGUUCUGGCCAGUGAAAACCACCGAGCGGACAACUUAACAUGGCUCUCCAGCACAGUCAGCAGCCAGAGCAGCAUGGGUGGGAGGGGCAGGCCUGGAGGGAGCUCGGCGGAAGCUGGUUCACAACAUGGGAUAGGUUUACACAAAUCGCUGUCUGCAGGAGUAGAUUAUUCCCCACCUAGCGCUCCUAGGUCUGUUCCAGCUGCCACCACCACCGUUUACCCGCCUGCACUUUCUCAGGCAGGGACACCUGUCUCCCCAGUGCAGUACGCACACCUGCAGCACACUUUCCAGUUUGUAGGGCCCCCGUAUAGUGGACCAUACGCCGGAUUCAUCCCCUCCCCACUGAUUUCCCCGACAGCCAAUUCUGCAACCAGCACGGCGGCCUCUGCCACUGCUGUUGCCACCACUCCAUCCCAGCGUUCUCAGCUGGAGGCUUAUUCCACUUUGCUGGCCAGCAUGAGCAACCUAAACCAGCAAGGGCACAAAGUUGAGCCGCAUCUCAUUCGGGCGCCCGGGUUGAUCACAGCAGGGUCCCCUUCACCGACCCAGCAGAACCAGUAUGUCCACAUUUCCAGCUCUCCACAAGGCUCAGUUAGGAACGUCUCUCCUCCAGCCAUCCCAGUCCAUUUGCAUUCACACCAGGCAGUGAUUCCUCAUGCGUUUGCCCUUGGCCCCUCCUCCCAGGUGGUGGUGCAAUAUGCAGAUUCUGGCGGCCAUUUUGUCACUCGGGAGUCCUCCAAGAAGUCCGAGAGCAGUAGGCUGCAGGCUAUGCAAGCGAAAGAAAUACUGAACGGGGAAAUAGAGAAGAGCAGGCGUUACGGCAUCUCGCCAUCCUCAGAAGUGAGUCUCGUCAAAUCAGGCAAUAAACCAUCUCAUCAUUAUGAGGCCAGGCACGUGGUGGUCCAUUCGGGUCCUGCUGAUUAUAUUGCACGCGAUUCCGCCAGUGUCCGGUCCUCUGUUAUGGUUGUUCCCAAUAGCAGCACACCUACUGCAGACAUGGAGGUUCAACAAGCCACCAAUAGAGAAACACCUCCCUUGGCCCUCAACGAAAAGGGAAGCUUGCACUUAGGAAAAACAGCCCACCGAUCCUAUGCUUUAUCUCCACAACAGACUAUGGGCCAUGAAGGGGUGAAAGCAGUUGCCACUUUGUCCCCUCACACCGUCAUUCAGACCACCCACAGCGCCUCUGAGCACCUCCCCGUUGGGUUGCCUGCUGCGGCCUUCUACACUGGGACUCAGCCACCGGUAAUUGGCUACCUAAGCAGUCAACAGCAAGCCUUUGGCUAUCCUGGAAAUCUGCCACAGCACCUGGUGAUCCCAGCCACUCAGCCCCUCCUAAUGGUAGGCAAUGCAGAUCUCGACUCAACAGGGGUUCCGCCUGCUAUCGCCACUUCUUCUCCCCAGUUGGCAGCAGUGCCUCACACGUUUGUCACAACCGCCAUUCCAAAAAGCGAGAAUUUCAACGCCGAGUCGCUAGCGAGUCAACCAGCUUACCAGGCAGCCGUAGUGCAGGCCCAGAUCCACCUCCCCCUGAUACAACCUGUACCUUCUUCAGCAGCUGCUCCUCCUACACUGCCUCCUUACUUCAUGAAAGGGUCUAUCAUACAGUUGGCCAACGGAGAGCUGAAGAAGGUAGAAGAUUUGAAAACAGAAGACUUUAUACAGAGUGCAGAAAUUAGCAGUGACCUGAAAAUAGACUCCAGCACCGUGGAAAGGGUUGAUGACAGCCAUACUCCAGGCAUUGCCAUGAUACAGUUUGCAGUUGGAGAGCACCGAGCACAGGUCAGUGUUGAAGUCUUGGUAGAAUAUCCCUUUUUUGUAUUUGGACAAGGUUGGUCAUCCUGCUGCCCUGAGAGAACAAGCCAGCUCUUUGAUCUGCCAUGUUCCAAACUCUCUGUUGGGGACGUCUGCAUAUCACUUACACUCAAGAAUCUGAAGAACGGCUCCGUCAAAAAGGGCCAGUCCAUGGACUCAACUAGCAUCUUGCUGAAGCACUCUAAGAAUGACAGUCUAACUGGUAGUAGACAUAGGUAUGCAGAGCAGGAAAACGGGAUUGAUCAGGGAAGUGCAAAGAUGUCAUCUGAGAAUGGUGAACUGAAGUUUCCAGACAAAAUAGGAUUGCCUGCAGCAUCUUUGCUCACCAAAUCAGAACCCAGCAAGCCCACGGCAACGAGGAAGAGGAGGUGGUCUGCCCCUGAAACACGGAAAUUAGAGAAGUCAGAAGAGGAGCCACCGUUGACUCUCCCCAAACCUUCAUUUAUUCCUCAGGAGGUUAAGAUUUGCAUUGAAGGGCGAUCCAAUGUAGGCAAGUGAAGUCUGUUUAGGGAAAAGGAAAUUAGGCUACCCCUUGUCAUUUUUAUCCAGAUUACUGUACUGUAGGCUAAAAUAACCCAGUAUUUACAUGUUAUCAUCUUAUUUUAGGUUUAUGUUAUAACGUUGUUAUAGUUGCAGCUGGUAUUAUGCAGGAGACUGGUGCAUACUCCCCUCAAGUGUUCAUUGGUGAUUAUUUUUAUCGAGAGCUACAGAAAGGGGCAGUUUCUGCUUCAUCCCCACCCUUUGUGGAAGCAAAUGUUGUUGCCAUGACUCCUCUUUUCCCAACACUUCAAGCAGAAUAAGCCUUGGCUGUCUUUGGCGAGGAGAUGGGAAGGGAGGGAAGUGCACCAGAGACAAACACUAAUGUCUGAUUCAUUGGGAGGGCGGAAGUCCCAUGGCAGCGUGGCUUGGUCGUUCUCUCAGCUAGCAGCUGUUGGGAGUCCGAUCCAGAGGCAGUAUCAGAGAAGCAUGCAUUCUCUGAGGCUUCUACUGUAAAACCACUUUUUAAAUUCCUCCCCGCCCCCCACCAAAGUUUGCCACAUAUUUCCCGUCUCCCCACCCCCCAACUACAUCCUCUGCCCCACAAUGGGAGUCUGACUGCACUAUUUUUUAUUACCAUUCUCAGAGGCUGCCAUAUACAGACAUUUCAUCUCCACUUGCUAGUACAGUUGCAUUGCAAGGGCGCAGCAAACGCUCCUUGCUUUGUUAACACUGGGAAUUUCUUUAAAGUAGGACAUUGUUGCCAUAGGCCUAGCAAACUCUGGGGACCCCCUGCAUGGGCUCAUCAUCAUUGCUUCUGUACAGGGUCAGAGAGAGAGUUUUGCCACUGGCAUUUGCUUCCACAAGGUAAAUAUGCACUGCCCCUUUGGGAGAGUGGACAUAACAGUUGUUUGCAUUUUAGGUUGCAAAUAUUUGUCUCUUAACUUUAGUACUGUUUUUAGUUCCUGGCUAUGGACAACUAGUGCCACUUUUUUUUCAAAUUUCAGUGUAACACAAGGAAGUGGAUGUCAAAGAUGAACAUAGAAUGUCUUUAAGCACUUAAAAUGCUGUUUCACACUUUCGUUGCCGAACAUCUUGGCUUAACACUCAGCAAGUACUGUAUCUCAUUUUAAUCUCUUCAAUGAGAGAGAGAGGAAAAGAAAAGAAAACCGAUCUAUUCAACACUGUUAAACUACAUGCAAACUAUGUAGAAGGUUGUGUUUUUUUCCACAAGCAAGAUGUUGAAAGUUUUUCAUGUGGUUUCAAAGGGAUGAAUGUGAAUUAUGAACUGGUAUGUGACAGCCAUUGUCCACGAGGACUACUUAAUAGGAGGCACUUUUAAAACUUUAAUGCUUGUGAAAGAGUUAAAGGCAUAUGCGAGCUGACAGAUAAUAAAAGAAUAAGAGAGAGUAUAAAAGAAAGAGAAGAAAAAAAAUCAUUAUUGUCCAGUGUUUUUGAAAAAAAUGGACUUUAAAGAAUCUUGCAAUUUGCACAUCCUGAGUUUAUCAUUUGUGUGGUAUUCCUGCAGUUUUUACCUAAUAAUUUUUGGGGAAGGGAGAGGGACUGAAGAAGCUUAAACAGAUGUAGCAAUUACUUACUAACCUGCCUAAACUCUAGGCCAUUUUUAUAGGGUUAGGUUUCCUUUCAACCUUUUUAUUUUCUUACCAUAUCUGUCACCCUGAACCAGGACAAAGUCUGAGAAUUUCUCUUCAGAUUUGCUCAGUUUCCAUAAGAGAGAUUUUGACACAGAAGCAAGUUUUGGUUUUUCAUUUUAUUUCUAAUCCUUUGUUAUUUUAUUAUUGUGAAUACUACUCUUUGUUACUUUGAAGAACUUCUUUUCUAUUAGUAGUACAAUGUAGAUGUCAAAAGUUUGGUACAAAACAGGACAAUGGGUAGAAAGUUUACCCAGUUAAGCUCUUUUAUUCUUGGCAGUGUUACUGUUCCCACAAAUCUGAAACAAAUUUAAGAGUGGAUCUAGAGGUCCUUACUCCUGCUGAUUUCCGUGGCUUCCAUAUUGAAACCAGUUCCUGACAGAGCCACAUUAAUGCCCUAGUGACUACUCACAGACAAGUGAUCUGAUGACACCCGCCUAUGAAUAAUUCACAUUAAUAAAGACACAGCUAAUUCCAGUUAAUUAAAAUACUGCAUCCAAUUUUGAAGCUUUAAGAUUAGGAUCUCCUGAUGAGAUAUUAUGGGCAUUUUCACACACAAGGCUUAAUUUGGGCUCUCCUUGAGUUGGUCUAUAAUGUGAAUCUAAAAUUGAUGUUGGCACGUUCUAUCCAUGUUAACAAAGUUCUCAUGUGGUACAGAUGAGAGGUCAAAUAUGGGCUUAACAUUGUGUAUGAAAAUGGCAUAAGAAGUUAUUAACACCAGUUGCUUUCUCCUUAUCAGGUGUGGGUGGGUAUGAAUCCUCUUCUUUCCCCACUUGCAAUUACUUUAGGAUGCAAUCCUUCUUAUCAGGGGUGGGCGGGUGGACAGGAGUUUUCUUCUUUCCCCACUUGCAAUUAUUCUUGGAUGCAAUCCAAAGCCAGGGCAUGUUACCUGGGUAAACAGAGGCUGCUUACCCCUGAUUUGUUUUCCAUUAUCAUUCCGCAUGCCUUAGGGUAGCCACUAUCCUCAAAGCGGCCUUGUCCAGGGAAUGAAUGAAGCAGAAAAGGCCAAUUCGAACACCCCUGGCACUCAGGUGAAGGGUAAGCUGUGACCUCAGUCUCAGCUCAACCAAUAUUUAGUUGAGAUACUUGCCCAACGGGAGUUCAUCUCCCUUGAUCAAUACUUGGACUGUGAAUGUGGCUUUGCUGGUUGCGUUCGGCCUCUGCAAAUCUGAGGCCCUUACAGAUCAAGAAUCGAAAUUAUAGAUACCAGAACAGAACCCAGAAUGAACAGAUUCCUCCAAUGUUCAUUCCUCAUCUUUUGAUUAAAUAUAAUAUGUUUUAAGGAGAGAGAAAAACUACCAUUCUACCCUUCCCUUCAAUUCUUAUGUCUCUUUCUUUGUUACUUGAACCUUAGCUCACACCAGAACUAAUCAUUUCUGUACCAUUUUCUGGGGUGCACCAAAAAUGUGUUUAAGUUUUAAAAUAGCUUGAAAUCUGUCUUGAAUUGAAUUGAAUUGUAACCUCUCAGUAAUUUACCAAAUAGCUGAGCAGGUUCCUUCUCACAAUCACACUGCUUAUUUAGUGCUGUAAUUAUUUUUUUUCAACAUUUCUGCUCAGAGAACUUGCUUAAUCUUCCAUAAACUCUGCUCAGGGCACUUUCAAUUUAUUGUUUAUUGGAGUUUUAUUUUGGCUUCUUUUUUGUUUGUUGUUGUUUUGUUUUUCGUUUCAACCUCUGACGGCAAGAGGACUAGAAAGACAGGGGGCAAAAAAUCCUUAUUUCGUUCCCAUCAGUACCACUAUUUUCACAUGUACUCGGAGAGCAUCAAACAUAAAAGGAAGCAGGGAUCAUGAAACUGACCGUAUCUAUAAAACUAACACUAACAAGUAAAAAAAAAAAAAUCAUCAACAACAGUAAUAAUAAUUAAAGGUUGGAGCAAUAGGAAUGUAUUUUGUUCACUGCUUGCAUUGCAGACUUAGAAUCCUGCAGUUGUUGCUUCCUUCCGAACAUUGUUCCCCUUUGUUGUUUGCUUUUUCUUUUUUAGCAUGUGCAAUAUUUUAUGUGCCAAUUUAAGAAUCACCCACAUGGUGAUGGCUUGAACUUCCCACCCACCCCUUUUGUGUGCGUUUAAAUCUAGGGCCCUACACUUCCCUCGCUCCAUGUUAGGCACAGAGCCUUUCUGAGUGCAAAUAGGUUUGGCACACAUGGAGCAAAGGCUCUGUACAGCUCUUGAUUCUACUCCACCUGGCCUCCACAUUCAAAGCAGGGUUGGAAAUCUAGAUAGAGGGGGCAGGAGAUAGAUAAUAUUCCUCCCUGGAAGGACUUUAGAGAUGGGGAGGAUGGCCCUGGGGUGGGAGAGAUUCUGUGAAUACUUGCACUCUAUAAACUACUUGGAUGAGUGCCAGCAGUCUUCUGUAGCCUCACCAUGUCGUAUUUUUAUGCCCAUAACUAUUACUAAACCAUCUUCUUUAUUGUUGAUAAAUUUUAGCCCUGUGCAGAGGAGGAAGAGCACAUGCACACUGUGCUUCUUAACUCUCCGUGACCAAGGGAAAAGUUCAUUUGGCUGCUGGAACACCCCAAGUUGCGUUUCUUGGUUGUGGUAAGGAACUGAUAAUUUGUGGGCCAGUUCUGUGACAUUUUUAUGUGCCGCAUUUUCGAAAAUGACUCGCGGUGAUAUCUGGUCCUACUGAUGUCUGCAGUGAGGGCUCUGUUGGGUCCUCUGUCCUCCUCAUCAGUUGGAAUAGGAUUUGAGUAUUGGGCUUCUAAAGUGCCUUAGUUUGUUUUGGAAAAGGCACCUAAUUUCAAGUGAAAAAUUCUUUUAACCCCAUUGGGCUGCUCCUAUAAAUUGAUUCACAGAAUCUCUCCCUUCCCACUUCCUUCUCACUGAUUAAAUAGCAAUUGGCAGGCACGGAGAACAAGUUAAGGUUAAUUUUGUUGUAAGAGGCCUCUCUGUACAGUGUCUACAUGGCAAUAUUAACUGACACCAGUCUUUCCUCCUCUUUGUUUUUGUACCAGACCUGUUUUAGUUUACAACAAAACUCAUACAAUCACCAAUAAAAUUAGUCAGGGCAAAGAAAAAGAAAAAACCAGAACCUCUUUAUAGGAAUUUCUAAAUAAAUAUAUCUAUAUCUAUAUAUCUAUAUCUAUGUAUAAAAUGACUGUUCCUUAUAGUGUUUAACUUAGAUGUCAUUUCAGUUUGUUUGGGCUACAUCAUGAGGGUUUCAGAGUGCGAUGUCACUUACCUCGUAUCCUGUAAGUUGUACCUGGACUAUUCUGUGUUGUGUUUUUUAUUCCCUCCCAUGCAUCUUCCUUCCCCACCCCCGUUGCCCUUUCCUGGAAGAAGAAAAAUGCAUGUCUUAUCCCUCUAUUUUAAUCCUGGUGUCACUUUUGAAUUGGUGGGAGGAGGCAGUUUUGAGCCAGGAAGUGACAUCACUACUCGUUUCCCUAAAUCAAGGAACAUUUUGAAACCUUUCACACCUCUUACUCAGGGAUGGGGCUGGCGUAUGUGUGGUACACUGAGGUGACCAGAAGGAGCACUUUUUCUGCUCUGGAGUAGGGAUGUUCAAUUCCAAGGAGACGUUUGGAUUUCCUGCAUGGUCGUGGAUUAACUUCCCAGAUUUAUCACGUGGAUUGCAACAUAAAGCAGCAGGUCUAGUGUGAACUGUAGCUUUCGGUUGUGGGGCGAAAUUGCUCUGUGUACAGUGGCUUGUUUUGCUUUGAUAUGUUGCCAAGCAAUUGGGGGGGAUCACAACAAUGAUAUUGUUUCAGUAGGAAAUGAGAGUGCUAUUUUGAAGUCAAUCGCAUAAUGUUUAUUCUUGUUUCCAGACAUUGGUUUCUAAACAUUUUUUAAAAAAUAAAAACGAUGCCAUAUACAUCCAGGCCACAGUGUUGCAAAUCUUUACACCGUCAGGCAGAGUCCUACAAGGGAGUAGUUGUGGUUCUCCAAAUUGUUUGAAUAUGUAGGGUCAUCUUUUUUGAGAUCCUGAAUCUAUCUGUGCUGAACAAUAUAUUCUUAGACCAGUCCAUUCAAAAGCAAUGCUUUUAAAUUCAUGGCUAGGCCCUCUCUCCCAGCAUUGGAGCAUUGGAGCUAUCAUAACUUGGGGUGCAUUAUUUCAGAUGUUGCCACCCACCGAACUUUGGUGUGUUUGGUGCCUGUGACUUUUAACCUUCUCAUAAGCACGCUAUUUCACCUCUAAUGGCAACAGUGUGGUUAUCAUUUAUUUUUUUCAGAACACAUCAGAGAAAUUAUUACUCAGGAGCCGUGUGGGCCUACCCACAAGCAGUUCAGAAAUAAUGAAAUGGGCAACCAAAGCAGCCAUUAUGUGACCCAAACUGCAAAGGUAACAGAACACACUAGCAAUUAAUUGCCUUCCUGGAUUGACACUGUUGGCUUUGUGGCAUCCGUCCAUGGGUUGAAAUCCAAAAGUACCCUUCUGCGUGUGGAAGAUGUUUUGUGUGUGCAUGAAAGUGCUGUUUUACAGCUCUCAUGCAAGUAGAAGAAUGCAAAUGACCAUAGAACCUACCUUAUCAUCAUCCCAUACGAACAAUUCUGCUAUUGCUUGCACAAGUGAACUAGUGGCGCUCUUCCUUUUUUUGCUCACAGUUCAUUGGAUCCCGCCCCUUGUUUUUAUCUGCUUUAAGAAAAUUGAGUCCUCUUGUGUCACAUCCACUAUGAACUGAACUCUGUUAACAGCAAUAUGUGACCUGCACUUUCUUUUUCUUCCCCCAUCACCACAGGUAGCAGUGUUGUCCAACUUAGGGACAGGCACUGUGAUAGCGUGAAGAUAAGGGAAAUUGUUCUAUAUGUUUUUAAGCAGAAUGUGGUUAGUGCUUUUGCUUUUUUAUGUUUAACCCUGGCAAUUCCUGAAAAAUAAGAUAAAUGAAUAGUGUCCCAAAUUUUGACUGUUGUUUUUUGAGAGCACAGGACUAUUCUGUUCAUUUCUUUUGUAGUUUCCAAGAGCAGUAUUCUGUUUUUUCUGUUGAUAGGGAAAUUCCAAACAAGUUGCACACUUCUACUCCAGAGUUCAAUUUCUUUUACAUAGACGACCUCGCUUCAGACGUGUUACCUUACUGAUAGGAUCUUUACUUGUAGCACUAUUAACUCGUGGGAAUAUUUUUUUACGUGAACCUAAUUUGAUGAGAAGCUUAAACAAACUUUUUUGAAGCACUCACAUUGAGAGGAGUACAGGUAAUGUUUUUUAAAAAAAAAUUGCACAAAAGAAACAUGAAUGUUGGAAUGAUUCAUUCAGUGUUUGAAAAGCGAUGGAUAUGUUGAAAUAGUGUGUUGUUUGUAAAAAUGAAAUAAAAGUACAAAAGCCGAGAAAGGGUGAGUUACAUGUUAUUUGUAUAUAGAAAACUCUCACGUCUAGGUGAUCCGAUUGUAUUGGUUCUGGCUGGAAAGAAAUGCUAAUUAACAGGUUUUACAAAGACAACUAUGCUUACUUUUGUAUUUGUAUUACAUGAAUCCUGUUGUUGGGGCAGGGGAGAAUGAUUCACCAUCAUGCUACAAUUUGUCCCUUUUCAAUUUUGAUUUUGAACUUGAUUAGAAGUCUUAACUCCUUCUAGGGAUGGUGAGCUAUAUGUCUUCUGCACUUCCUGUUCUUUAUUUUU